UUGGAAGUUAGAAAGUUUUGCAGCCUCCAGAGGGCUGUAGCGGCAGUAGCAGAAGCAGCAUCCAAGGGACUCCUGGAAGGGGAAGAGAGAGAGCGAGAGAGCGACUGACUCAGUCCUGCUGCAGAAACGACUCGAGACGACGGAGGCAGACAUGGAACAUCAGCUGCUGUGCUGCGAGGUAGAGACCAUCCGACGAGCCUACCUAGAUGCCAACCUCCUCAAUGACAGAGUGCUGCAGACAAUGCUGAAGGCGGAGGAGACCUGCUCGCCCUCGGUCUCCUACUUCAAGUGCGUGCAGAAAGAAAUCUUGCCAUAUAUGAGGAAAAUAGUUGCCACUUGGAUGCUGGAGGUUUGCGAGGAGCAGAAGUGCGAAGAGGAAGUUUUCCCCUUGGCUAUGAAUUAUUUGGACAGAUUUUUGUCGUUUGAACCCCUCAAGAAGAGCCGAUUGCAACUGCUCGGAGCUACCUGCAUGUUUGUGGCUUCAAAAAUGAAGGAAACUAUUCCUCUGACCGCAGAAAAACUGUGCAUUUAUACAGAUAACUCCAUUAGACCCGACGAAUUACUGCAAAUGGAGCUGCUUCUGGUGAAUAAGCUGAAAUGGAAUCUGGCUGCAAUGACCCCCCACGAUUUCAUUGAACAUUUCCUUACUAAAAUGCCAGUGGCAGAGGACACCAAGCAGAUCAUCCGUAAACAUGCUCAGACUUUUGUGGCUCUGUGCGCUACAGAUAUUAAAUUUAUUUCAAACCCACCUUCCAUGAUCGCAGCUGGCAGUGUGGUAGCAGCUGUGCAAGGCCUGCAUCUGGGGAACACUAACACUUUCCUCUCCUAUCAAUGCCUCACACAUUUCCUAUCACAAGUUAUCAAAUGUGAUCCGGAUUGUUUACGAGCCUGCCAAGAACAGAUUGAAUCCCUCCUCGAAUCCAGUCUACGUCAGGCACAGCAGCACAACGUAUCUUCAGAAACAAAGACUGUAGAGGAUGAAGCAGACCUUUCCUGCACACCUACUGAUGUGCGAGAUGUGAACAUUUAAGAGGACUCCUAAUGGGUUUGCUUGGCGACAAAAGCAGACAAAGAAAGGGCAUCUGAGAAGGAAUCAGCAUCAGGAUCUCCCCGGCAGAAACCCUUUUCUCCAGGACAUUUUUAUACCAGAAGGGAAAACCAGUCUCGUUAUAUUUUUCCUUGCUCUGUCUCCCUUCCAUCUGUGACUUCAAACAAACGAAUAAACAAAAAAUAUCCCAAAAACUGUCUUAAAAAAAAAAGGAAAAAAAUAGUAUUUGCAUUACCCCCAUGGGUUUGUGCUACAAAAAUAGAGGAUUUUAUACAAUAAUAAUCAACUAGUUUUUAUAUUAAAGUGUUCUUGUCUGUAUGUUGUAAAAAUAGGCAUUAACACACAAAAUGUCUCCAGGGGAGGUAUUAGAUUCGAUUUCUUACAUAUAAAUCCAACCAACCAACCAUUUUUAAAGUAGAAGAGGGUGUUUUUUUUGUUUUUGUUUUGUUUUAGAUAGUAAAUGACAUACUUUGGUUUUUUUUUCUCUAAAAAGCAUAGCUUUAAGGCAGUUCUAGGCUUUUCUGUAUCUUGCUUGCUUAUGCAUUUAGUCACUUUAUAAUUCAUCUGUAAAUGUUUAUUUUAUUUCCUUAGGUUUGUUUCAAUUUUUUUGUUUGUUUGUUUUUUUUUAUCCUCUUCACCUUAUAAAUGGUUAACGUAACCCAUAAGUUAGUGUAUGUUAGUAUGCAGCAUUAUUAUAUGUUAACCCUUUUAGUUUUGUGCCUGUGGAUUGCCUGUGCAUAAGGCAUUUGUAGGGUUCCAGCUAAGCAUUAUUGGGAAAGGCCAAUGUACUACUCCUGCAAUACUCUAUUAUAAAGAGAAACCCAGAUAGUGACAUAAUAUAUUCUAUUUUUGUAAUCUUCAUAUUUUUGUAGUUACCUGUGUAAAAAAAAGAAAAUUGCUGGUCUGACCCCACAGAUAUUCAGCCUCGUUAUGGUCAGGUUCAAUCCACAGUUCAGUCUUUUUUGUCGGUGUUGUUUUGUUUCGUUUGUUUGUAAUAUUCUAAAACCAUUCCAUUCAAAGCACUUUCAGUCCAUUAGCUAUAGGAAAUACAUUCUUUUAUUGUGUGGGAAUUUUGUUUUUGGGUUUGUGUUUCGUUUUGUUUUUCUUUUUUAAUGGAAUGGUUUGGAAAUAUAUAAAAGUGCUUGUUGGCAAACUCGGGAUUGCAAAGCAAGUGCAUUUAACUGCGGUGUUAGAGGAGAGGUGAUGUGUUUUUUCAUCCGAAGGUUGUGCUCCAGUGAGAGAAAUUCCAGUCACAAAUUGCCAGGAUAUCUUCCUAUCCUUUUCUAUAGAAAAGUUGAAGUUUAGAAUCCUUUGGUGCCAACUCAUCUUUAUAAAUUAGGGGCCUUAAAGGUUCACGUAUAGGACAGAUAGUUUAAGGCUUGUCGCGCUAGAUGUUUUACAACUGAAGGUUUUUAAACACUAAAAUAUAUAAUUUAUAGUUAAGGCUAAAAAGAAUAUUUAUUGCAGAGGAUGUUGGUAAGGCCAGUAUGAUUUGUAAAGUAAUGCAAUCGCCCCUUUUUAAAGCAAGAAAAGAAAACCGCCACAGUGUCUUUCUGCCCUGCCUCUUGCAGUUUGAACACAGUGAAGAGGACACGCUUCAAAGGACAAACCCAAACCCAAGCAGGCAAUUUGGCCCCUUCCUAGCCAGUUUCAAAAGCAGUCUAGGCAUGAAAUCGACCCAGCAGAGCUAAGAGAGAGGACAAUUGGACUACUUGAAAGUUCUUAUUCCAGUGUACGCCCCGGGUGUUCAUGGUCUGUUUUAUUUUUAUUUAGCUACAAAUAGAAAAUUUGCACAUCUUGGCUAUGUAUCUUUUUAUUAUUAUGUUAGAAAGUAGCUGAAGGGAUGUGGACAUAGCUGUUGAAGUUGAUGCUCGAGGAGAAUGUGAUGGUGAAAUGUAUGUGAGAAAAAAAGAAAAGGAAAAAAAACAACAAAACUGCCGCUAAGGUUGAUUGAAAAAAAACCAGAAAAUAGAAAAAAAAAAAAAGGAAAAAAGGAAAAAACAAAAAAAAAAGCCCAUGACAUAAAAAAAACAAAGGAAAAAAAAAGAAAUGGGAAAAAAGGCAAAAGAGAAAAGAAAAGGAGUGGAUGCUCCAUUAUUGAGCUGCUAUGGAUAAAUUCCCAGCAUGGUUUGAGAAAAAGAAAAAAAAAACAACAAAAAGAGUUAACCUUGCUUUUCUGUAUCUUUGUCAUUGUGUUUUGCUGCUAUUUUGUGGAUCAGUUUGUUUUUUGUUAUACAAUGUCAUAUACUGCCAUGUUAGAGGGUUUAAUUUUCUCAUAGAAAAUUAUAUUAUUGACAUCGUUUGUUUCGGGGGUUUUUUUGGUAGUUUUUUUUUCAUGUGAUCAGUUUUUACUUAAUGUGAUUUUACUGCUCUAUUCCAAAAAAAGGUUCCUGUUUCACAAUACCUCAUACUUCAGUUAACCCUGUCUAGACCAGGUUUUAAUGUUCGUACACAGUGCCUCAUAGUCCUACUGCAAACGGAAAUGCAUCGAACCUUGCUCUGAAUGGGUCUCGCGAUGUGCGACCAGGUUGUGGCAAUGUCAAAGCCAGCAGGAUCCCCAGCAGGGUCACUUCUUGGGUGUUCUGCAUUCUGUAGAAGCUGGAUUCUCUGUCUGAUUUGGGGUUUAUUAUCCUGGUAGGUGUAAGUGUUGUUAGCCACGCUGAUAUAUGAAAGGUGCAUUAUAAUAGAGCUCUCCUAUGCCACCUGAUGCAGCUGCCUGGCGGCUGGGGCACAUCAUGUGGCAGGAGAGGUUCUUCUGCAGCUCCCAGUAUUCCCUGUGCUUAAUCUCUUGCCAUGUACUGCUUCUUUGGCCUUGGCUUCUUUGCUUGGGGAGGGGUUGCAUUUAUUUUUCCCUUUUUUAUUCUAAUGUUUGGGUUCUGUUUUGCUUAUUUGAAUUUUUGUGUGUGUGCUUGGGUUUUUUGUGUGUGUGUGUUUUAUUUGGUGUUCAGGGUUUUUUUGUUUGUUUUGGCUUUCUUUUGGGUUUGUUUUGUUGCAGGGCUUUUGUUUGGAGCUUUUUGGUUUAAAUUUCUGGUUUGGAUUUUUGUUCUGGUUUAGCAUUUUGGGGUUUGCUUCAUUUGGGGGGUUUGGGGUUUUUGUUGCUUGGGCUUAUUUGGAUCUUUUUAUUUGGGUUGGCAUUUUUGUUUUGUUUUGUCUGGAUUCUUUGGGGUUUUUUUCCUGUAGUGGUAUUUUUGUUUGUCUGUUUUUCUCUUCUGUGUUUCUGUUUGUUUUUCAGUGAUAGCAUAAUGCUAAUUUAAAAAGCCUGUAACUCUCAUAAAUAAGCCAGCUAACAGAGUUGUAUGCUGAAGAAUAAUCUAGCUGUUGCCUGUAUGCUGCUAAACCAAAACAGAAUUAGAACUCACUUUGAGGCAAAUGCAGUUAAGAUCCUACAUAGUGCAUGAAUAAAGCAUUGCAAUGCUACUAGCAGUCGCAGGACCCAGGAGGACUGGAUACAUUCUGUCCAAAUUUCAGGAACAUUUCUUACUGCUUACCUCAUAAAACACUUCUGUUUGUGGCAUCUCUGUGUCUCUGAACCAAACAUGAUUAUUGAGUUAGUGCUUGUGGGUUGUACUUUGUGUUACACUGAGUGGCAGUGCGUACUGCAAAUUUCUUCUACAAAUAUUGUAUGUCCUAAAAGGCCAAAUGCAGAUGAUUGGGUUCACAUGACAGCAGAGAUGCUUUAUCUGUCACGUGACUAUAACAGUCUGUAGGAAGCAAUUCAGAUUUGUACAUUUUUACCUUGUACUUAUUGGCAUCACUGGUCUGAAAUGCACAUUUUCACCAACAGACCUGUAACAGACAAGUUUCCAGCAAAAAAACCAACAAAACUAAAGUCUAGAAAUAAAAUUGGUAAAACCCAA